GCGCAUGCGCCCUGCCGCCGCGCCAGGCGAGGCCAGGCCAAGCGACGCGCCGCUCGGCGGCGGCGGCGGCGGCAGCGCGGGGGCGGGGCGGCGGCGGCCGGUAGUGAGUGUCGCGCGCGCCGGGAGCUGAGUCCGUGGUGGCACUCGUGUGCUGACAACAAGCAGGUUCCCCGGGGGUGCCGGGAGUCCUCCGGCGGGGCCCUCCGCAGGCUGACUGCUCUUGCCCGGUUUCUCUCCCUCCCCCUCGUCCUGCAGCCUGAGGCGCACGCAGGAGCCGGCCUGGUGGGUGUCUGGCGGGUGGCUGACAGGGCCCCGACCUCCACCGCUGUCUGACUUAAGCAGUGUGGACAGGUGAGGAUGUUGCACCCCAAGAAAGUCACUUGCUAGAAAAAAUGUCUCUCAGAGGCUACUGACCUCAGAGCUUGCAGAGACCUGCUUCACCAGAGCUGGGAUGGCCAGUCACCAAGCAGAAGUUCAGAGUUUGAAGCUAGAUAAUGAUUCAGUUAUAGAAGGAAUAAGUGACCAGGUACUGGUGGCAGUUGUGCUCAGUUUCACUUUCAUUGCUGCUCUGGUAUAUACCCUUUUAAGAAAUGAACAUCAGAACAUACACCCAGAAAAUCAAGAGCUAGUGCGAGCUCUUCGUCAGCAGCUUCAAACAGAGCAGGAUGUGUCUGCUGGUGAUAGACAUCGUUUCUAUACUGAUAUGUCUUGUCCAGUCUGUUUGCAGCAGGCUACAUUUCCCAUUGAGACAAACUGUGGACAUCUUUUCUGUGGUUCCUGCAUUAUCGCGUACUGGAGGUAUGGCUCAUGGCUUGGUGCCAUCCGUUGUCCAAUCUGCAGGCAAACGGUAACAUUGUUUUUACCACUAUUUGGUGAAGAUCAGCAGGAUGCGACCCAAGUAUUUCAAGAUGUUAAUGAUUACAAUCGGAGAUUCUCAGGACAGCCCAGAUCUAUUAUGGAAAGAAUUAUGGAUCUACCCACUUUAUUGCGGCAUGCUUUCAGGGAGAUGUUUUCUGUUGGGGGCCUCUUCUGGAUGUUUCGUAUCAGGAUAUUCCUCUGCUUGCUUGGAGCCUUGCUCUAUCUGGCUUCACCUCUGGAUUUUCUUCCUGAAGCCCUCUUUGGAAUUCUGGGUUUUUUGGAUGAUUUCUUUGUCAUUUUUCUUCUGUUAAUAUACAUCUCUAUCAUGUACCGAGAAGUGGUAACACAGCGGCUGAAUAGAUGAAAUGAAUGAAAAUGACCCAGAUGCAGAGGCUGUUGUGGAAUGUCAUAAAAAGAGAACCAUGACCUAAGUAUGAUGUAACAGGGUGCCUGUGUACAGUUUUAGUAUUUACAAUUCCAUAGCUUCUAGCUGAUCGUCUUACGCAAAUAUGAAGGGUUAGUACAUGAUGAUGCUUAACUGGAAUCUUUAGUUUGUGUAUUACAUACGCUUUAGUAAUGAUGAAGUUAGUUUUAUAAUGUAAUAAACUACCUUCAUCUGCUUAUACCUGAUAAGCAAUUGUAUGUAAUCAAAGUAGAAAAUGCCUCCUCUGGUGUGUGAUUUGUGGAGAAGUUCUGGUAAAGAACUUCUAACAAAAAAUCUGUUUGGGUAAUCUGGACCUGUUUAAAGAAAUUCAGGAACUCUUCACUGUACAGUUAUAAAAUCACUUAAUAUCUCACUGUGGUGGGCUAGAGAUUUUUAAAAUAAAAAUAGUUUUGUGUAUCUCUGUGGAAGAAAGAAACCUGAAGACCGUAUCACAGUUCUCACCCUGCAGUUUGCUGAUGUCCACAAUUUAUGCUUCACAAAAACAAAGAGAACACCUCAGUGUUGCUUGAACUGCACUGUGUAUGGUUGCAUGCGAUUCAUACAAUUUUAUUUUUAUAUUUUGGAAUAUACAUAUGCCAUCUCAUCUAGAUGGAGAAACAACCAAUAUUAUGCACGCCAGACUGAUUAGUGCUCUAUUUUUAAACGGGAGCAUAGUUUUUCUCUUAAGGCUUGUUUAUUCAGGGAGCGUAUAUUUUGGAGGUGGAGUAUUUCAUGCUGAUUUAUGUGCUGCUUUAGGUUAAUACAGUAUAUCUAAAUUGAGAGUUUGCACCCCUGUAGUUGCGUUGAAGUGUUUAACUGAUGGAAAGAACCUUCAGACUUCAGUUAGUGAUUAAAGAAAAGAAGUCAGAACUGGAUAUUUACAGUUCAGAAUUUUACCUGAAUAUGAAAUCUGCAACACUAAUAUUAAAUAACUUAGGUAUUGUUUUUUUUGGUUUGGGGUUGGUGUUUUUUUGUUUGAUUGAUUGGUUUGGGUGUGGGUGGAGGGCAGUCUGAAUUAACUUGAAAGUUCUGUGAUAAGGGACCACAAAAAAUCCUGGGAAUGUUUUCAGAACUACCAAGGUAUUAGUUACCUUUAAUGUUGACUUUGUUGUUGUUGUUGUUGAAUUUGAAUAUAGACUAUCAUCACUACAGAAGUCAUUUGAAAAUACUUUCUUUAUAUAAAAUCAAUGCCACUGGAAAACUCAAGGGUAUUCUUGAUCUACAUACUUGUAGUUAGAGGAAAGAUAGUGUUUGCCAUUUUACUUUAACUUCCUGAGUACUUGAAAGACAGUGACUAGAAAGGGGAUUCUUUGCAUGUUUACAUAAUACGGGAAGCGACUUACAGUGAUAAAGGGACCUUUUGACAGACUGUGUUUCUGGCUCACACGGAAAUCUUUCCAUAUGUUCCUGGUACAGAGGCAUGUGCAGGAAGGUGAUAGAGCCGGUGCCUGAAGUGCCGUUCUGUGGUUGGUGUUGGAGAUUGUCCUUCAGUGUCAGUGUUUUGAAAGUUGACAUUCAUUUAAAAGUGAAUUCAGUGAUUCUUCAUCUGAAAACUUACUAUUGAAAAUCCAAAGCCAUGUUACAACUGAACUGGAAAGCUUAAUAUUUCCUUGCUGCUGUAUUUAGUUAUUAGAGAUGGGCAAGAAGAGAAAAAGGAAGUGAGACAAGAGUGGGGGAAGAACAGAGAGAGAGAAAAUGACUUUUGUAAGCAAAUUCUAUUGCUCUUUGCAAACUUUAGCUGUUCUUGAGCAUCUGUCUUGAGAUUUUCCUUUUGCUUUGGCAUCAUUAAUGAUGAUUUGGUGGCUACCUCAGUUAAAAGUCAUUAUGGUAUUAUUGAGCAAGCGUGGGAUAUUCAUAAACUGUUAAAUAUAUGUACAAAGCAAGAUAGUAGUAUAGGAUGUUGGUGAGACAGGAUUGUGCAGUUUUGCCCUAAGCUGCUUUCUUGCAAGGGAUUCACCAAGUAUUUUUAAUCGAGUAAAUUUAACACUCCCUUUCCUCCUGAAAUUAAGCUUGUGGGUCUGGUUAGAGAACAGCAUGCGCUAUUGUUGAGUCUGUUAAUAGAAUCUCCUGAUCUAAUACCUCCCGCAUAUGUUUAUCCUAUAAUUGUGUUUAUACUUUUUCCCAUGCCUGUCUAAAUCCUGAGUGGAUAUAGAUGUAUCUGAAGCUGGCUGACAAGCUGCUUACUGAUUUUCUCACUCAGCUCUCUAAUUUCACAUGCUACUGUCAAGAAGUUCAGUGAGAAAUAUUCAGCUAAGGAGUUUCUGAAGAACAGACCCUCUUUUGUACCUGAACUCACGUUCAAGCCACAUCUGAGUAGCUAUAGAAAAUGUUCCUCUAUUGUUUCCUACUUCAUCCCUCCCUUUCUGCCAGCCAGAAAGGUUUCACCUGAGACCUCUGCUUAAUUUGGGAUAUUGAGGAACAUUAUAAGCUUUAAUUCAACAUACUAAGUGCUUGACAGAAUUAGGACUGUCUCUCCUUUUCUUCACCAAUAUAUGUCUGUUUGCAUAUGGAGACCUUUUUUUUUUAAUUUUUUUUUUUUUUUUUCUUUUUUUUGGUCACCUGGGAAGAGCUGUAAAGUAAGGAGUGUCUUAUAUCAAAAGGAUGCAUCUGCCCUUCAGUGUCUGGCCGCUGCUCCUUUAGACAAAUCUGAACUAGCUGUAAAUUGGCUCUCUUGGGUAAUACUAAUAGUAUAGCUGGAGCUUAGCUUAAGUUGCACAGCCACCCAAGAAGCUUGGGAUAAAUACAUGAGUAUUUAGUCUUCCUGAACUAUGUGCUGCCAAGUUAUCUUGAUAGCAAUGUUCAAGGUAAGUGUUAUAAACAGCUGAGAGCUAGCCUCGGAAUGUGAAAGAAAUACCUGUUGCUGUGCGUGCAGCACUGCAGACGUGGCUGGCUGGAUGGCAUGUCUCAUGGAAUGGGGCAACCAUGUCCUUAAGGCAGAAAAUAAAUAAAUAAAGACUCUAGCAGCAGAGAAGAGAUACAGGGGAAAAUACUGUUCUUAAAAGGUUCUCAUGGCUUUGCCAAAAACUGUGUCAAAUAUUUGAUUUUUUCCAGCAGUAUUAACAAAGAGGAAAACUAAAGUUUUACUUCGUAGCUCUUAUAGAAUAACUUGUAGCAUCUUAAGGCCUGAUGAUGCCCCUUAUCACAAGCACCAUAUAGAACAAUCUGUUUCUGUGUUGUUUUGUGUCCCACACCAUUGAUGUCCGAGAGGAUGAGGCAGAGUGGUGUAAUUUGAGGAUACAAAUUUCCUUGGGUUUCAUAGAACUAUUCAUAGCUGUGACUGCUUGUUACAUUAGAUUUUUAAGACAAAAGGGUUUGAACCUGCCUGUUGUUACUUGUAAUUAUAAUAAAUUGCUAUUACAGCAA